AUGGAAGGAUCAUUGAGAGGUGAUGAGAUUACGCCUGCCGUGAGUUGUUCACCCCAAAGCGAAACCACCUCCAUAACAUCCUCCAUCGCAGCACAUAGAUACGAGAAUGGCCGCCGUUACGCCGGUUACAAAGACGGCGAAUACUGGGCCCCCAACGACGAAGACCAAAACGACCAGCUCGAUAUCGCCCACCACAUCUGGAAUCUCCUCCUGGACGGCAAACUCCACCUCGCCCCCCUCAAGAAAGACACCUGCCACGAAGUCCUCGACCUAGGCACCGGAACCGGGAUCUGGGCCAUGGACUUCGCAGACGAACACCCGGCCGCCAGCGUGGUCGGCACAGACCUCACGCCCAUCCAGCCGCACUGGACGCCGCCGAACUGCCGCUUCGAAAUCGACGACUGCACCCAGCCCUGGACGUUCCCGGAGAAUCACUUCGACUUCAUCCACGUCCGCUGCCUCUACGGCUCCAUAUCCGACUGGCCGGAGCUCUACGCCCGCAUUUGGAAACACCUCAAACCGGGCGGCUGGUUCGAACAAGUCGAGUACAGCGUCGACUGGCGCACCGACGACGACUCCAUCCCCGCGGGCCACAUCUUCCGGGAAGCUUCUGCGAACUACAUCGCCGCCGGGGAGAAGAUGGGUCGGACGUUCCGGAUCUGGGAGAUGCAGAAGGAGUUGAUUGAUGCGGCGGGGUUUGUGAGGACCGAGGAGAGCAAAUUCAAGAUGCCGUUGGGGCCUUGGGCGGCGGAUCGGAAGUUGAAGGAGAUUGGACGGUGGCAUUUGUUGGAGGCGUAUCAGGGGAUUGAGGGGUGGACGAUGGCCCUCUAUACGAGGGUGUUGGGGUGGAGUUAUGAGGAGGUGCAGGUGUUUUUGGCCAAGGUUAGGGAAGGCUUCAAGAAUAGGAAAAUCCAUUCGUACACGAGUGGGAGCAUCGUGUAUGGCCAGAAGCCAUUGCAAGCAACGACAGCAUAG